AUGAAUUCUCUUACUCUUUAUCUUAUUCUUGUGCCAGUUGUAGGUUUUAUUCUACUACUGGUAAAUAUCCUUCUAGCUAAACAUGUACCUUAUUCUGAAAAAGUUACAUCUUAUGAAUGUGGAUUUUCUCCUAUCUAUGGUCAAAAUCGAUCACCAUUCACUAUUCAAUUCUAUCUUGUUGGUAUUCUAUUCCUAAUUUUCGAUAUUGAAAUUUUCAUGACAAUGCCAUAUGCUCUUACUGUUUAUGAAACAGGUCAUUAUGGAUUCUGGAUCAUUAUGGUAUUCUUUGGAAUUCUUAUUCUUGGGUUUGUAUAUGAAUUUAACUCUAAAGCUCUAUACUUUAGUCAAGUUCAACCUGCCAACGAAGAAGAAUUAUCUUCAUUCCCUUCUAUAAUUUCAUCUAUUUAA